AUUUGGGCAGUUGUCCUAUUUCUAGGGUUUUACAAGGGCUUCGAAUUUCUUGGCCAUGGCCGAGGGCGGAGGAGGAGGCGCCAAGGCGAUGGAUUACUACAAAUCACUCCAGCCGACCCAGCUUAUCGCGGAGCGAGGCCUGGAGCUCGUCGUGAUCAAUCCAGGAUCGUCCAAUCUUCGCGUCGGGCUGGGAUCGUGGCAAGAUCCGGUCGUAGUGCCGCAUUGUGUUGCCUGGCAUUCCGCGGGAAACGGAAAAUGUGAGGAUUCUGGGACUAGAAAUGGGGCUAUAGGUGAACAAGUGGCCACUCUACCAGUUUUACGAAGAGAUCGAGAAGAGAUGUGCCUUAAGGUUGAAGCCUUGUUAGGAGUUCCUGGCAAUGACACAAAUGGCAUGGACGUCUCGAAGGAAGAGGUUGUUCGAGGAGGGUAUGUAAAAUGUGAGCAAGAAAAGAAGUUGGAGCUGCCAUGGACACAAGUAAUGGAACGAGCUAACGAUGAAUGCGCUCCUGUUUAUCGCCGCUGUAUAUGUGGAGAGGAGGCCUUAAGGAUCCCAGCUUCUCAACCUUAUGUGCUGAGAAGGCCAAUGUGCAGGGGUCGCUUGAAUGUUUCGCCACAGUAUCCCAUGCAACAGGUUUGCGACGAUAUGUAUGCUAUUUGGAACUGGGUACUGGCAGAAAAGAUGUUAAUUAGCAAGGCGGGACGACGGAACUUAUCUGCGGUUCUCGUUGUUCCUGAUACUUUUGACAAUAGAGAAGUUAAGGAGGUAGUCUCGGUUCUACUGAGGGAUUUAGAGUUCCACUCUGUAGUUGUCCAUCAGGAAUGCGUUUCAGCUACAUUUGGAAAUGGCGUUUCAUCUGCAUGCGUAGUUCAAAUGGGGGCUCAAGUUACUUCUAUAAUCUGUGUUGAGGACGGUGUGUCUAUAUCAGUCUCUCAGAAAAUUCUUCCAUAUGGUGGAGAGGACAUAUCAAGAUGUCUUUUAUGGGUCCAACAAAGGCACGGGAACUGGCCCCUUCUAAAAACCGAUCCAUUGACUAAUUCUUUGGACAUGACAAUGCUUGAUCGUCUAAAGCAAGCUCACUGUGCUUUAAGUGUUGGCGGUGAUCUCACUGCAACGGCAGAUGUGUUUUCUUGCACCCCUGGCGAGUCCGAUCUUUACAAAGUUACUUUAGUCGCACUCAAUGUGCCACCUGCUGGCCUGUUUUAUCCGUCACUCCUUACACCCGAGGAACGUAUGUUUCCACCGAGGUCUUGGUACUAUUCUGAUCACGAAGACAUGCUAGUGGACCCGGUGGAGGCAGGAAUGACGGCCUUCAGCAAUGAACAAUUUACGAACGGUCAUAGCUCUGCACUUUCUCCAUCUGGCAAUUCUCUUCUAGGACUACAUGAAGCCAUUGUCAGCAGUGUCCUAUCAAUGGGUCGCUUGGACUUAAAGAUGAAGUUUUUCUCAAGUAUCCUCCUGGUUGGAGGAGUAGCCUCUACACCAGGCAUUGCCGAAUUUAUUGAAGAUAAAAUUGUCCACACAGUUUCUCACCAGGAAGGGAUUGAUAAAGUUGAGGUGCUAUCAAAUCGAGCUGAUCCUUCCAUACUUUCUUGGAAAGGAGGAGUGGUGCUGGGAGUUUUGGACUUCUCUCGGGAGUCUUGGAUUCAGCGCAGUGACUGGAUUGACGGCGGCCUACGCGUGGGUUCCUCGAAGAAAUACAAAGAUUCUCUGUCGCUUCAUGCCCAGGCUUUUUGGUACAACGCUGUUCUCGAGUGAGUUAAAAAGUUCCACCUGCGUUUCUGCCGGGGGCUAUUAAACACGAAAUAUUGAUUUUUCCAGCUGGCCGA